AUGUCUGAAUCAGCAAGCUUGUCGAGUGGCGCAUUGGCUGGUGCGCCCUCUUCCAGCUACGCAAAAUACGCCAGUCUCCCGGACGUCGAUACCACCGCACCGGACGUGUACGAAUACGAAGGGGCAAACCGCGAUUCGAGUCGUGCUGGUCGACAACGCUCGCACAGACAAAGAGGCGAUCGUGACGGACAAAAUAGCGAUUCAAAUUCAUCCAGCGACGAUUCGGAACGCAUUGCUAACCGCAAGCAUGCGGGCGAGGGUAAAGCAGGCGCCGGUCCCGACGAUAUUGAUAGCUCAUCGUUGCGUGUCAACGAUGCAGCUGCCAAGUUCAGCGGCGCGACACACCUGGAGGCGAACUCUACGGACUUUUCUGGUCGGCUGCAAGGAAAGAGCAGGAAAACAAGGAAGACGGAGGUGACAAGGCGAAGAGAUGCAGGAAUUGAAACGACGACUUACGCGCUGGAUGGUGAGGUCACAAGAGGUGAAGAAUCGGUGGUGGAUCGUCUGCGUAGGCUCAAGUUUGAAGCGAGUCAAUUGGAGGAAGAACUGGAUGCUGCUGCUGUGUCGGACAGAAACACGACAGCGCAAGGAAAGACGUCGACAGAGCAGGUAGACCACGCCGAAGUGGUAAGCCAGCUCAAAGUGCUACAAGACCAACUCGCCAGAAUGCCGUCGCCACUGGCAUCGACGACAGAGGAGGACAAAUUAGACAAGGAAUCCAUCCGAAGAUUGAUUCAGCAGAUCAAGCAACCGUCUGCCGUCAGCUCUGACGCUGCAGAUGCUGCUGUGGCUCCACUUACUGGCACAUCAGCUUCGGCAACGUCCGAAACGCGACGCACUGUCGACAUGGCACAUUUGGAGGCACGACUGUCGGAACUCGAAUCCACGCUCGGACUCGAAGAAGUGCUCUUGGACGAAUCGAAACCAGUAUCACGUCCGGUGCUACCCACACUUUCUCGGCUGGAACAUCAACUAUCGCUGCUUUCACAGCCUCGACACCUGGACGCCAUCAGUCGACGCGUCAAAGUGCUGGUCACCGAGAUGGACCGUGUUCACGAUGUACGUCGCAAACUUGGCACCACCACCACGGCGGGUGGCGAUACCUUGUCAGCCAUCGAGCCGUCUUCCACUUCUACACCAGCACUCACGCCGACCGACCUGACCAAGCUCCAACACCUCUUUGACGUAUCAACACGCCUUGAGCCUCUUCUUCCGGUGAUACCUAGCGUCCUAAGCCGACUUCAGACGCUGUCCGAACUCCAUUCGUCGGCAGCCCACUUCGGCAGUACACUGCAGGAGUUGGAAGAGGCAAAUGAAGAAAGACAGCGGCAGGAUCACGAAUUGAAUCAAUUGUUGCAAAAAAUGGAGGUAAAUAUGGAACAGACCCAGAAAACGGUAGAGGCGAACCUUGUCUCCUUGCAGAGUAGGAUUGAGGACGUCGCGGCGAGGUUGGACAAGGUAUUACAUUGA